UCACAAUCACUUCAUUCGUCUAGCAAGAACACAGCAGCGGCCUAACCGUAGCUAGCACAACACUAAACACCUAAAAUGGCAUUCAAAUUCGCCGUCUUCGCCGCCAUCGUGGCCGUCGCCAGCGCCGUCGCCAUCCACCCCUCCCCGUUGGGAGCUUACCACGCUCCGCUCGGAGCCUACCACGCUCCGCUCGGAGCCUACCACGCUCCUCUGGGAGCCUACCACGCUCCGCUCGGAGCAUACCAUGCUCCUCUGGGAGCUUACCCUGCUGUGGCCAAGGUCGCUGCUCCUCUGGCCGUCGCUAAGGUUGCUGCUCCGUACGCUGAAUACGAUGCCAACCCUCAGUACAGCUACAGCUAUGCCGUUGCCGAUGCCGUGACUGGAGACAACAAGAACCAGCAGGAGUCCCGCUCCGGAGAUGUUGUGACUGGAUCCUACUCGCUGGUCGAGCCUGAUGGCACCCGUCGCACUGUUGAGUACAACGCUGACCCCAUCAACGGAUUCAACGCCGUCGUCCACCGUGAGCCGCUGGCCGUCAAGGCUGUUGCCCCAAUUGCCAAGUACGCUGCCCCGCUGGCCUACCCCGCCGUCGCUAAGGUUGCUGCCCCGUACGCUCCUUACGGAUACCCAGCCUACGGCAAGGCCAUCCUUGGUUAAGCCCUCAUUUUCAUCCCAUGAGACGCGAAAUCGAUUCCAUUUUCCAGUACCUAAUGCUCACGCUUCACCCUGAAGUCAUUAGAUAGCAUCGCCUGUUAUUUAUUUCUCAUCUCUUCAUUUCCUUCUCAUCGCUAUUUUUGUUAUCCUAUGAGCGAUUUGAACAUUCAUGUACAUAUGAAAAUGGGAUUUGCUUCGCAUCCAGAAGCUGCCCGCAGACAUGAUAAUGCUAACAAUUUCGUUUAGCAAACAAACCGUGAUUUGACUGUGUGUGACAAGAUGUGUGAAACUAUUGCUACUGUUGUGUAACAAGAAAAAAAUUCAAUUCAAAUGUUGAUUCAAAUAAAAUCAGCAUCUUAAACCAAUUAAAA